UCCAAUGGUUCGGCGUCAAACCGGCGUGGGCGAAAAAUCGGCGCUCCGGUGGUGACGCCGACCAUUGGAGAUGCUCUUACUAUUGUACCUCGAUGCAACUCAACUAGGGUGGCAAGAAAUGUGUAACUUCCUCUUAGCCAUUGCCUUUUGUGGACUAGUUUGCUUCUCAGCCGGAGAAGAUGCACUUCCGGCCAACGGGACCUUAUCGGACGGGCAGACUUUGAUCUCACGGAACCACGAUUUCGAGCUCGGCUUCUUCACCCCCGGCUCGUCCAAGAACAGGUUCGUGGGGAUUUGGUACAAGAGGAAACCGGAAGUUGUCGUUUGGGUUGCAAACUGGAACAAUCCAAUCAUAUAUUCACAAGGUGUGGUGUUACGAAUAGCAAGGUAUGGUGCAUUAGUCAUAUGCAGAGAUGGAAGCAUACUUUGGUCAUCCAAUUCGUCGAGAGUGGCUCCGUCAAAUCUGAUCUUACAGCUCCUGGACACCGGAAACCUCGUUCUUGCAGUAGACACAACGGAGGAUAACUACAUAUGGCAGAGUUUUGAUCACCCGAGGGACACAAGGUUGCCGGGGAUGUUCAUGGUGCACAGCCCUGCGGAGGAGGAUAAGUAUUUGACUUCGUGGACGAGCUCCGACGAUCCUUCCCCGGGAGAUUUCACCUACAGGAUAGAAAACAAAGGGUUACCUCAGAUGGUGAUUAGAAGGGGGAAUGUGAAAAUAUACCGGAGUGGCAUGUGGAACGGGGUUUACAUCAACGUCCCGACCUUCUACAACACCAUUUUCAAGGGAAAGAUUUUCACAGACAAGGGCAGAACAAUGUAUAUCGAUCCUUAUAACAGCUCGAUUCUUACAAGGCUCGUGAUAGAUCAAACCGGCUUAAUUCGUCGUUACACAAUGGAUGAGAGGAAAGAUAAAUGGAAUCUAGUCUACACGAUACCAAAAGAUCCUUGCGACGACUACACCAAAUGCGGUCCUAACGGCAUGUGCAUAAUAGAGGGUGUGCCAAUAUGCAGGUGUUUGGAUGGCUUCAAACCCAAGUUCCAGACAGAAUGGGACUUUCAAGACUGGUCCGACGGAUGCACUAGGAUUAGGGCGUUGAGCUGCAUGAAUGGAGAUGGUUUUCUAGAGCUCAAGGGGGUGAAAUAUCCGGAUAUACUACGGUUUUAUUUAAACACAAGCAUGAGCAUCGGGGAGUGCAGAGAUGUGUGCUUAAGAAAAUGCAACUGCACAGCGUAUGCACAGCCCUACAUAGAUAACGGAGGCAGAGGCUGCUUGAUGUGGUUCGGGGAUCUUAUCGACAUUAGAGUGCUUCCGGGUGCAGAUAAAAAUCAGAAUAUCUACAUUCGCCUGCCGGUUUCUGAACUAGAAUCAAUCCGUAAGUCAGACAACAAGAAGAGGAGGCAUGCAAAGUUAAUAGCAGUAUCAGCUGCUGUGGGAACUCUGAUAUCUAUCUUAAUCUGUGGAGCUACAGUUAUAGUGAGACGACGGAGGAGAAGAGGUAAAAGCAUAACAUUCACACCAGCAUUCUUAAUAGUCAAAGGCACUGAAUUCGUCUUUUAUCAAAAACUGUAGGAAAAAAAAAUGAGGAUUUAGAGUUACCUCUAUUCAGUUUCGCGACAAUAGCUGCUGCAA